UAGCAGGACGCCAUCUUGUCAGUUAGUUGUUUCGUGAUUUAGGAGUGUGAUUAAAUCCAAAUUGAAGCUGUAUUUUAGUUAUAGAUACGAACAUUGUCUGUGAUUUUCUAAUACAUUCGUUCCAACUAGAGAAAAAUGGGUCGCAAGAAGAAGAAGAUGUCGAAACCGUGGUGCUGGUACUGCAACCGCGAGUUUGAAGACGAGAAGAUCCUCAUCCAACACCAAAAGGCAAAACACUUCAAAUGCCACAUAUGUCAUAAGAAACUGUACACAGGCCCCGGAUUGUCAAUACACUGCAUGCAAGUCCACAAAGAAACGAUCGACAAAGUUCCCAACUCGCUGCCCAACCGCACCAAUAUCGAGAUAGAAAUUUAUGGAAUGGAAGGCAUACCAGCGGCCGAUCUGCGGGAGCACGAAAGACAGAGGCUCGGCAGCGUCUCGGGUACCAUCUCUGGGUCCGACGACGAGGACGAGCCUGCUUCUAAACGGGUCAAACCUGAGGGCCUGCUGGGUAACGCUCCAGGUGUGAUGUCCGGGAUGCCGGGCGUGAUGCAGGGGAUGAUCCCGCCGCCGGGCAUGCCUCCAGGUCUUCCCAUGGGCCCCAUGAUGUCGAUGGGACCGAUGGGGCCCCAAUUCAUGCAUCCAGGGAUGCCGAUGAUGCCUCCACAUAUGGCCAUGAUGCAGGGCCAAGGGGGCCCCGCUAAGCCGCUGUUUCCGAGUGCUAUUCCGUGUUCGUCACCCGGAGCGUCAAUAGUGGGUGCUGAUUUUAAACCGAUUUCGUCAGCGGCGACGAUAAGUGCGCCACCUACAACAAACACUCCUAGUAGUAGUGACGGUGCUAAAGUUAACACGAUAGCGACCACGGGGGCUACGAGUAAAAUUAUCCAUCCGGCGGAGGAUAUUUCGCUGGAGGAGAUCAAGAGUAGGCAGCCGAAGUAUGCAAAGACUAUUCCCACAAAGUCAGAUGAGACUGCUUCGAGUUCAAGUACGACGGCGUCUGAUAUGGAACACGUGUAUAUGCAAAACUAUCUGGCUAACGCCGUUUCCGCCGCCCAGCAGGCCGCCGUCCAGCAGGCGAAGCAGGCCGAGGCGAUAAACCAUGCCGCCAUGAUGCAGAGGUUUCCUGUGCGAGUUUCCGGUCCUCCGAUCACGAUGGCCCUGCCAGGCGGUCCAGUGAUGGCCCCCAUGCGACACACGAUGAUCCCGGGUCCGCCUACUUUGAUCGGAGGACACUUGAUGCGGCCGCCUCCCAUCAGCAUGCCCCCAGGGAUGAUCGGAGUACCGCCCGGGAUGGUAUAUGGUGCUCACAUGUUUCCAGCCGCACCUGUGCUGACACCUAUGAUGCAACCAAGGUUCAGAUGAUCUCCGAUAUACCUCGUCUAUCACCCGCAAGUCUAAUCUUUUUCUUUUAUUUUUCGUUCAACUUUUAAGUUUAACUGCAUGCAAUGGAUUCCUGCGAUCGUGAUUUAAUAUUGACACUGUUUUAUUUUCGACAGGUUUUAAAACAAACGUUAAAUUACCUGCCAAAACGGUAUGUAAAAACUUUUUAUUUUGUUGAUAAUAGAGGUUAACGCGCCACUUGAAAGGUUAGUGUAUUUAAGUUACAUUGGUUAGAGCACGAUUUUAAGUUUUCGGCUUGGGUGUCGGCCAUGGCGUCGUCUGACGUCACACCGACACUGGGUUGGAUUUGCCUGUCUCGAUAAAGUUUCUGCUGAAGCAGGGUAUUGCUUCAACACACACUUUAUGUGCCAGAGGCACGUCAGGUUUGUACAAAAACUUUGAAAUUUUUAUUUAUUUAUUUAUUCCGAAGGUAAGCAGGUUUUCAACUAUUUUCAUUGUAAAUAUAAGACGAUCCAUGUAAAUUUCUGUUGAACGUUAAAGUUUUAUCGAGUUAUUUAAAAUUUUCAUUGCUUGGCUACGAUGUUAAAGGUAGGUUCACUUAGAACACAGCUGACACGCUAACUUUAACUGUUUAGGUAGUUGCAUCGUAAAUUAACUUAAAAGCAGAGAUAAUGUUAAAGUGUUUCUCGAGACGUCGUUGUAUAUUUUAUGUCAAAAGGUACGGCAUCACUAUUUUCCUCACUGGUGUAUGGUGUAAAUGGGAAGAAAAUUCAUAUAUUUAACGUACGACCCUUCCCCGUCUUUAAGUAUAUGAAUUUUCUCAACAGGGAUCUUGUAGAGGCAGGCGAUUGAAAUGUCACAGCUUACGCUGUUGGAGUGUCCGACUCUCUAUCUUACCACGAAUCACGACCGACAUUGUUUUUAUUACUUCCUUUUUCUUUGUUUUUUUAAUUUCCUUCCGCGUUUUUUCUUGUUGAACUUGGUCUUGGCGCAGUCGGUAAGAUAGGUGAUCGAGAGAUCACAGCGUUUUUUCUAUUUCAUGUAAUUGUUUUGGUCGCUGUUGGGUCGACAUUCCCCUGCCGAAGUAUGUGGCUUGACAGGCGAUUGUUUUGGCUUUGCACCAAUUCAAUCACAGGUUUUCAACCUGUUGGACCAGAUGAACCACUCCUGUGUUAAACAGUGCAAUUGUUCUUAUAGAUUAUGAGGGUUUGGUUCGAUGGACCCCUGUUCUCACGCUGUCAAUGUACUUUUAUGUAGUAGUUUAUAUCUAUCAUUGUAUUGUAUAAGUUGUUUUUAUAAAUAAAGUUUAUUUGGAAAGA